GUUGCGAGGGUAGCGGCGUCUGUUGGUUGUCAAGAUGGCGGCGGCGGCGGAGUCGGCCGGGCCUCUGCUGCUGCCGCUGCCUGGCGAGGUCGCCGCCGCCGCUGCUGCUGCAGCUGCUGCCAUAGCCACCGCCACCGCCGCCGACACCACCAGCAGAACCGCCGCGCGGGAGCCGGGGCUGGCGCGGCCCACCUUGCUGCACUCGUAACUCGAGGCCUCUGGGAUCUAGGGAGCGGGGCAGAGGAGGGGAGGGAGAAGGGGUGGGGGAGGGGCGGGGGGGGGCACCGCGCAGCUGACAUGAGGGAAGCGUCUGGGGGUCAGCAGAGAGUCGUCGAGGCGGCUCUGGGCUGAGAGAUGCUGACGGGCCGGCCUGGGGCCAGAAGCCCAACCCGGGGACCAGGUACUGCUCCUGCCUCCCCGGUCCCCCACUGGAGAAGCAACUUUACCCAAGGGAACAACUUGUAUCAAAAUAUGAAGAUCCAUCUGGAAAAAAAUUUAGAAGAAGAACGUCAAAAGUUACUGCAGGAACAAAGAAUAUGUCGAAGUCGAGCACGUAAAUAUUGUAUAGAAUCAAACAGAAGAAGAAAAGCUUUUGAAGAGAAACGUAAGAAAGAAGAAGAAAAAGAACACCAGAUCAGGGAACAAAUUCUUCAACAAAGAAAACAGAAGCUUGAAGAAGUCACUGAAAAAUUCCAACGUGCUCAUAUCCCUCCUCAGCGCAGGAGAACAGUUUAUCAGAAGCCAAUUCCCGGAUUAGAAGAGGCCCUUGAACAAAUUCAGGGAUUCAACUUGAAACAAGAAUCUAACUUUUACUCUUCCAAUAGACCUACAAUAAACUGGAAAACUAUAGAUUCUGCUGUGGCUUCUGCAGUGACAAGAAUAGAGCCCAUGUAUCAGAAACAUCUCUCAUCCAGGAUCAACUAUGACAAAGAAAUACAGGAAAACAACAAAAUAAGCUGGGCUAUUGGCCAGGAAGACAACUUCCAGCUUAACCUGGAAGAAACUCAGAACCUCUUAGAAGAACUCCAUCUAAGCAACGUGCAGGAUCUUCAAGAAGAAGUUAAUCAACUAACAAAUUCUGAAACUCUGUCAAGUAUAGACAGUCUUGAAGCUGGAGACCAUGAAGAAAUCUAUUCAACACUUAAUAAAGCUCUGUCUUCAGCAACCCAGCAGAACUCUUUAUCUCACAAUUCACAGAGUCCACAGCCAACAAAUCAAGUUUAUUUUGAUGCAGGUGAAUUGCAUCUCUCUAAAACUCAACAUAUAAAUAAUUGGCUAAUAAACUUAAGUGAUCAAAAUACACAGACAGCCUCUCCUUUUCCAGACUUUAUAAAUAAACAUAAUGACCAUUUUAAUAAUCCAAAACUAAGAUCAUUUGCUCUUAACAGGAUUGGCGAAAGAAGUACAGAUGCUUCUGAUAAUACAGUAGCUGCUAUACAGAGCCCAUGUACUUUUGCACAAGACAAAAAGGCUGAAAAGACCUCAGAAACCUUCAGUAUAUGGAAAGUUGACUCUGUAUCUUCUAGAAUGCUUAAAAGAGAGAAACCAUUAGUUGCUGAGAGCCCAACUUUUAGAUUCAGCAAAAUAUGGACUGCUUCAUCUCCCACUACAAGAGAAAUUGUUCAGUCUUCAGAACAUGAGAAAUGUCCUGAAUUAACUCAACUAAACAGAACCACUUCAGUACCUGCUUCAAAUAUACCUAUGGCAACACCUGUAGUACUACCUUCUACUCAAUGGACUAACUAUAAAAGUACCUAUAGUAAUAUACAUUCAGCUAGUUCUUUGCAAAAAAAUAAUAUGUACUUAGAAGAAAUUUGCCCAAUACAGUGUACUGAUGGGCUAGACAGUUUGAAAGAUAUAAAAGGUGAAAAGAUGAAAAACUUAGAGAGUAAUAAUCAGGCAUUGCCUUUUUUAUUUUCAGAUGCACUUAAUGCUUCUUUUAUGUAUAACAACCCUGAUCAAAUGUCAGUGAAAGAUAAAAAUGAGAAAACAGUUGGAACCACACCAUCACUGUCUAAUAAUUCUGACUUAGUUGGACAACCAAAAAAAUCCAAGCAUAAUAAUCAUGAGAGAAAUGGAGUGAAAUUGCUCAAAAGUAUAUUAAAGAAAGAAUCUAAAUAUGAGAAUGAUUAUUUCAAGGCGUUAAUUAUAAAUCGAGGCUUCAACUUGGGAAAUCAAACUGCAGCAGCAAUCAGAGAUAGUGUGGAGUUGACAAAAUUAAAGGGAAGGGACUCAGAAAUUCAAAAGAGCAUUAAAAAACUGAGGUGGUUUGAUGAAAUUGACCAAAUAGAAAAAGAAGAUGGAGAAACUUCAUUGAAAACCAGACUUGCUUCAUCUCAAGCAUCAUCACAGCCAACUGAUAUUCAAACUAAAGUCAGUGCUACUAGCAACAUUAGCGUUCAUGCUUGUGCUAUAAAUUCUUCUAGUUAUGAAAACCAUAAGGGCAUAUUGGGAGUAAUGAAGUAUGAUAACCCCAAGGAUAACUCUCUUAUCACAAAAAAAGCUGCUACACAAAUAUCUGAAACAGAUGAUGUGCCUUUAGACUCCUUUGUACCUUCAGGUAAAAGCUUUGCAAAACAAGCCUGGAUAACCUCAAAAAAAGAGGAAGGUAAAUUCCCUGUUCAAAAUAAUGAUUCUAAAACUCAGAAGACUGUUCAACGGAGUGGGAUAAUAAAGAUAAUUCGAAGAUCAAGGGCUUCCAAAGCCCAAUCAGGUAUUGCUGCUAAAAACAAAAAAGGCACUGUCACUAGACCACAGGCUAAAAAUGAAGCCAACAAGACUGUACCAACUCAGGGCAAAUUAAUUGCACCUCGCCCUCCUCAUAAACCUGUAACAAAUAACAGGAUUAGUAAAACUAUAAAAGAUUCUCAGUGUCAACAAGUGAUGUCUAUAAAAUCCCAAAGCAGUACUAUAAAUAAUAGAAACCUACGCUCAAGGCAUGUUUUUCCAACAGAGAACAUUUUUAGUCCUAUUUGUCAAGAAAGUAACCCUUCACCUUGGAAUACUAAUAGCUCUGAGUUAGUCACUCCAAUGCCAUCAUUACUUUCCUAUCUCACCUCUGAAGACCAAGCAAAGAUAAAUCAUAGUGUGAAAGGUACUCAGAUGAUUGCUCAGCAAGAUGGUUCAUUAAUUUGUGCACAAAGAAGUCCUCUUUAUGAAGAAAAUAGUCAUUCUUUGAAGCCUAUUGAAGAAAAAGUUGGUAUUCAGUGCAAAGGAGAGCAUAGUGCCCUAGGACAAAAUGAGAAGGCUGCUGAUUCUACCAGUGCUAGAAGAAAAAUAAAUCUUGAAAGCAAUGAAAAUAAGCCAAGAAUUCUCUUAGAGCAAAGAAGACAGCUCUCUAAUUCUGUAAGGCAGAAGUGCUUUGAACAGCCACAGAAUAUAAUACAGCCUGUACAAUUAAGUUCAAGUGAGCCAGUACAAAGUCUGAGUGGUAUUUCUCAUGCUGAAGAAGUUUCAGAAAGUACUGCCCAGUUUUUGAUGGCUGAAAAACUAGUGAAAUCAUCAGUUCCUGAGGAUAAAAUUCUAAGUGCCAUGAAACCCAUGCAGCCAUACAAACCAACUUUUCCUUUACAUAAGACAAAACGAUUAAACAUUGGUACACUGUCUUUUGAAGAACAGAAGAUCAUAGAGUCACUUAAUCACCUCAAUCAAAGAUUGCAUUAUGUCCAAGAAGCCAUUUGCAAAAAUCCAUCAAUCAAAAGUAUUUUACAAAUAGCAUCACCUCUGAACAGUCAGCCGUGGACAACCUCCCUGUCUAUAGGCCACAGUAUAACCACCGAAGUUCAAUCCCAAAUACAGAGAAAAUAUUAAUGGAACUUAACAACUACUAAAUGGAACCUUUAUUUUGAAAUUAUCUUGUAAAUAUAUAAUAUAUUCCUGAAUUCUAUAACCAUUUUAAGCACUAUACAAUAAAUUGUAAAAUGAAGGCAAAUUGAUAACACAAGUAAUGAAUAUUAACAGAUUAGUUUACAUUUAUGAUAUCAAUUCUGCUUUAUUAUGCACUUUAUUGUUAAAUGCAUUUUAAAAGAAUGGAAAUACCUCAUUGUUUUUUAAUAAGCAUGCUACUGGAUGUAAAUUUACUUUAAAAAGAAAAAUAUUUUGCUAUUCAGAUUAUGUAUGAGCUAUACUCUUAAAACAUUGUUUUUCUGAAAUUCCUAAUAAAUUCAAUUAAAUUUGU